GUAAUUACUGAUGUUUUGGCAAAAUGUCUACUUUUUGAGCCAUAGUUCAGCUCUCAAUGCAUUGACUCCGAGUUGAUUGCAUUGACUCCAAGACUCACUUCCAUCACAUCCAUCGCUUCCAUUCUCUCAACACUCGCCAAAGAGUGCACUCAUUGGCCAACCCAUGGAUUCAACGCAUAAAUCAUUAUCACUCAUCUGUUCCCAUAUUUGACAGAUUGUUGCAGUGAUUAGCUAUGAAUUGAAGUGAAUAUCAAUUGAAUCCAUUAAUAAGACAAUUAUUGGUGGGAAUCGUUGACACAAAGUGUGGACACAAUGGGUGCCAACAGUUCCACACAAAUGGGUUCGUCCGCGAGUUCGAUGACAUCGACGGUGCCAUCGAUGAACUCGACAUCACAAGAGACGGUCAACUCGUGGACCUCUUUCUCGGACAGCGGUAACGGAAGUCAUGGGACGACAACCGACGGCUCUCUCACUAAUAUCGUGCCCACGAAGGAGAAGAAGCGCAAGAAUUUGUCGUCUUUGGCAACACUUCGCAAAAGACUGGUCCGGAAGAGACGCACGAGUCGUACGUUUGAUCACUCGCAGGCUCUCCGAGAUCUGAUCUCUUCGUGGACUACGAGAGACACGAAACAGUUGUGCGAAGAGUACGAGUGUUCGGGUCUUCUGAAGGAGUUGUCUCUGUUGGCGGAGAGCGCCCGACCGCUGGCCUCCUCGGCUCAGAACGACUUCUGCGAGUUAUUUGACUUCAAGUACUGCUCGGAUAUAACGCUUGUCUAUAAAGGCGUUCACUUCCCGGUCCACAAAGCAAUCGUUUGCGUUCGUUGUCCAGCCUUUCGGGAACUGUUGGGCAAAAAGCCUUCCGGCAGUUACGUGACGGUCAAUCUGGACAUCGCUGGCCUACGAGUGGAACUGUUUCACGACUUAUUGCGAUACUUGUAUUCGGGAGAACUGUCCGGUUCUUACGAUCCGCGAAACAAUUACGAUGUGUUGCUCCGGAUUAGCGAACAGUGCGGAGUUCCCAACCCUUUGGCCCACGACCUCAAACACCUCUUGGAAACGGGUCUCUAUAGCGACGCAUCGCUCCUCUUCUCUCCGACACAAAUCAAAGACUUUGCACAACCGGUCAAGAAGUGUCGCGCCUGUAGUGAUCAAAACGAGUACUCAUGUCAUCGCGCAAUACUGGCCGCCCGUUCCCCGUUCUUCAGGUCAGUCAUCCAACGCCAGGAGCGCAGGAAAGCCGAGACCAGCGAAUUGAACGGCGCCUCCAAUGCCAACCAACGGACGAAGAUAUUGUUGGACGAGACGAUUAUUCCGCGCCGGUAUGCGAGAGUACUUCUGCACGUGAUGUACAGGGAUUCGGCAGAAUUGCACCAUUUGUUGCAGUUAUGCGUCUGUAAGUGCAAUACUGAAGCGAAUGCCAGUGCCAUCAGCGGUAACACAAACGCCGGAAGCAAUAGUAAUAACAGCUCUCAUUGUAACCCAAAUUCGGUGUCGACAACAGUGUUAGUGAAAGAAGUGAUGGAUUUGUACGAAAUCGCGCGCUUUCUUGAGUUGGAUUUCCUCGUCCAGAGCUGUGAAGACUUAAUCAUUGAUUCGUUAUCUUUGGAGACAUUUAUAAUGAUCAUGAAGUGGUCAGAACAGCCACACGGCUCGCCAUGGGUUAAGCGACAGGCGCUCUGUUUUAUGAGAGAGGAGUUCUCGUCGAUCGCCUCGUCAUCACUGUUAUGUCAGUUAGAGUUAACGCAUUUAAUCGAGGCUUUGAAGUCAGACUUCUUGAACGCCAGCGAACUCGAGGUCUUGCAGGCGGUCAUCAAAUGGGGUGAAAAUCGUCUGAUGAAGCGAAUGGAGGAAAGGGAGCCAAAUGUUGUCUCAAACACUGCCCAUAGUUUGCGAAGAGGUAUCCGAAAGAAAGAAUUAAAUGAUACCGAACUCCGAGAUAUCCUAUCGGAUCUGAUAUGUCACGUGAGAGUCGGCCAUAUAUUGCCACUCGAUAGCGACAUACUGUCGAACGCCGCCAAAAGAGGUCUCAUUAGUACUCUUCCGCCGUAUAUGUUGGGCGAGGACUCAGUUCUGCCGCAAUCGCGAGGAAUAUCGUCGUGGUUUAGGGGUCGAGGAACGGGUCCUUUCGUGAGACCGCGUUAUUUCGCGCCGUAUGUCGAAGAGGCCAAAGCGAUUCUCGACGAGAGGGUCGGCAGACAGGGAGAGACUCUUCCCAAUCGAGUUUCGCGACAAAUAUCGCACAUUCCGGACGCACUCUAUAUGUUGGAUAAGGCGUCGGCUAUCACUGCUGCGAACGACGGCUUCCUGGGCUCAGACCACUACCAUCUCUGUAUAUCUUCAUCGUCUUCGUCAUCGGCGGUGUGUUAUGAGGACAUACACGACGCCAACUCCAGACCACAACUGCCUAUUCUCGAAGACAGAGUUGUAGUACUAAUGAAACAAAGGGAACAGGAGUUGAAAGCAUUAGGUCUGAGCCAAAGAGCGCUUGCAUUGGUGUCCAAUCGGUGCGAAGCACUGAGACUUAUUCAGCUGCGGGUGUGUCGGGAAUUCGGUCUCCCGGACGCUGCCUCUGAUGUAUUGCACGGAAACAACUACUCACUAGCAUUGGAAGCCCCGGACGACGCCGUGUCCCGUCUCUCAUACGCGCCCAGUGAAGUCGGUUCUCUCAGUAUUCCUCCCCCUCCCAGACCUCUCACAAGCCAUUUAGCAAAUAUGACGACAUUGCCGGAGGACAGGGAUCUUUACAGCACUUUUAGUGAACUCAAACUCGAGAGUUCUGUUCCCCGUUUGGCUCAUUUCGAUUUAGACUCACAGUUCUCGAGCAACGAAUCGCGCCGUACUCUCAGUGAUCUGAUCCCUGACAUCGCAAUCGCCACCACAGCUAUCGAAGAGUUCCAAUUGACUCAAAGGACAGACUUGACGGACAGCGCGGCUAUAAUUAAAAGAGAUUUAGACCCCGAAAGACCCCGUUUUGUAUGAAAUAUAUACAGUAUUCUCGUUUCAUUCACCAAAACUGUUAAUCUCUUAAUC